UGAGGUUAAGUUAUUUCCUCCAGUCGAGCCCGGAAUGGCUCUGUUUAGGUUCCCGUGGCUCCGGAGAUUCGUGAGGCGGAACACCCGGCCAAUUCCCCUCAACACCGCCGAGACAUGGCGCAACCGGCUGAGUUUGGGCUACAUGUUCCUGGCAUGGAAUGCCUUUGGAUUUGUUUGUUAUGCAAUUUACAAUGGGAAACUCGAUUGGGCUAAAUCUCACGGAAUCAAAGAUGAGCACGAUAAUCUAUCUCAAGCUCAGCGAUUUGCAAAAGCACUGAAAGUUGAGAAUGCCACCGUUUUGCACUAUUCGGGAUUCAGAAAGACGGGAGAAUUCAAGAUUGAGAAGGAGAAGGACAAGGAUGUGGUUGAGGGGGAGAGUCAGCCGAGCUGAGCAAUUAGUCGGUGUGCUUAGAUUUUGUAAAUACAAAUAAGUUUGACCUA